GUUCCCCACUCGGACUGGAAAUGGAGUGCGCGUGUCAACACAAAAAAACAUCCGAUGGUUCCUAAGGAGCGGGCGCGAGCUUCGGCUUAGCAUUUAGCAACUUAGACGACAGCUCAACACGAAGCGUCCAAUUUAGUUCAUAUCCUACUUGAUGGAUUGUUUACUCACAAUAUUCCCAUUUAAUGACUCCUAGUUCUCACAAUGUAUAAUUAGCCUUUUAAAAAGAUGAACGCUCCCGUUAGACCGGUGCUAGCGUCUACGUAGCUAACUUUGCGUUACGUCUCUACUCGCGUUAUUUUCCCCCAUUCCUCCACAAUAUAGCAAUAAAUCAUGCCUACUGUGGUGUUAAUGGACGCGUCCCUGUCCAUGACUAGGCCGCUGUCGCAGGACACUAAUGAGGAGUUCCAGAGGAAGAACUUAGCCGUUCACGGGCUCAAUAUGUUAUUCGAGCACAUGGCCUCCAACUACCGCUUGGAGUUCACCGCACUCAUGGCCUUCUCGUCCCUCUGGGAACUGUUGGUACCGUUCACCAGGGAUUAUAACGCUUUACAGGACGCCCUCAGCAACCUAGAAGACUAUGACAAGACGUGCGUGGAAUCUGCUCUGAAUGGGGUCAGCAGCGUGGUGCAGCAAGAGUGGGGAAGUGCUUGUCCCUGUCAGGUGGUGCUGGUGACUGACGGAUCACUCGGUAUUGGGAAAGGCUCUCUGCGUCAUUCCCUGCAAACAUUGAGGCACCGAGGGGACGAGAAGAAGUUCCCUCUGCCUUUCCCUUUCCCUACCAAAAUGUUCAUCAUGUGCGUCGCCACUACAGAGGAGUUACAGAUUACAGGUGCUUUGGAUAAAUGGGAGGAACUUCUUUGUCUCAGUGGAGGUGACGGACAGGUCUUCACUGUUGAGGGCCCACUGUGCAUGCAGGGCGUGCAGGCCAUGUUUGGGAGAUUAAUUGACAGGGCCUACUGUCCGUUCCAUGCUGUCCUGCAUUGUGGGAACUUGUCCGCAGACGUUCAGGUGUUCCCUCGACCAGAGCCUGUUGUGGUGGAUGAGGAGGUGGAACCAUUAGCUCGAACUGUCAACCCAGAUCUGGAAAUCAUGGGCUUCAUUGAAAUCGCUGACAUCUCCAGUCCUCCUGUCAUAUCCAGACACUUGGUCCUGCCUAUUGCUGUCAACAAAGAGGACGACGUUGGCACGGGUGCCGCAGAUGAGCUGGAGGAGGAAGUGUCUGCCAGUCAAAUGGCAGGGAAAAGUCCUAAUUUCUGUGUGCUCUUACAUGGCAGCCUGAAAGUGGAGGGCAUGGUGGCGCUUGUCCAGUUGGGGCCCGAGUGGUUCGGCAUGCUGUACUCCCAAGCGGACAGCAAGAAGAAAUCCAAUCUGAUGAUGUCACUAUUUGAACCCAGUACUGAGCCUCUGCCUUGGCUGGGAAAGAUCUCCCAUUUGGGACCAAUCUCAGAGGCGGCAGAAAAUCCCUACGGAGAGGAUGACAGUAAAAGUCCUUUUCCUGUGCAGCCGCCCGUCAAACGAAGCUAUGCGCAGAAUGUCACAGUGUGGAUUAAAGCCAGUGGACUACAGACCGAUGUGCAAAAGAUUCUGAGGAAUGCCAGAAAACUGCCUGAUAAAACACAGACCUUCUAUAAGGAGCUGAACCGCCUUCGGAAGGCCGCCUUGGCUUUUGGGUUUUGGGACCUCCUCAAGGGUGUGGCAGAGCUGCUGGAACGGGAGUGCACGAUGCUGCCCGACUCGGCUCACCCCGACGCCGCUUUCCAGCUCUCUCACGCAGCCCAGCAGCUCAAGCUGGCCAGCACCGGAGACUCCCAGUACGCUGCAUUUGAGCAGAACAUUGUUCCCAUGCACACAGACUUCUCAAGCUGAUCAUGCAUGACUUUGUGGAAAAAUUCACUUAGAUAUGGACGACUGCGUGGACCAAUAGUGAAAGCACCUGCUGUGUGAUUUUUCAAUACCUUGUCCCUCACAGGGACUGCUCCAAGAACCUUGUAUGUGGAACAACUAUGGCAAACUUUGCUCUUUGGGGCGGGGGGGGGCGUUUUUAUACUUUGUAUUAGUAAAGUUUGUGUCAAAUUA